GUCAGAAGAGAAAAGGACGACUUGGCUAGCAGUGAGCCUCUCUAAAGCGGUGGAGAAGCCUAAGCCAUUAUCAAGGUCCUCCACUUCAGCAUGAUGCUGCCAAAAAAAAUGAGGCCACUGCUGUUCCUGGUUUCCCAGAUGGCCAUCUUUGCUCUAUUAUUCCAUCUAUAUGGCCACAACUUCAACUCCCUGUCCACGAAGGAGGAGCCCAAGCCCAUGCAUGUGCUGGUCCUGUCUUCCUGGCGCUCUGGCUCCUCUUUUGUGGGACAGCUUUUUGGGCAGCACCCAGAUGUCUUCUACCUGAUGGAACCUGCCUGGCACAUCUGGAUGACCUUCACAGAGAGCACUGCCUGGAGGCUGCAUAUGGCGGCCAGGGAUCUGAUACGUGCCAUUUUUCUGUGUGACAUGAGUGUCUUUGAUGCCUACAUGAAACCUGGUCCUCGGAGACAGUCCAGUCUCUUCCAGUGGGAGGGCAGCCGGGCCCUGUGUUCCCCGCCUGCCUGCAAUGUGUUCUCGCGGGAUAUGAUCAUACCUCAGGCUCACUGCAAACUUCUGUGCAGUAAACAGCCUUUUGAGGUGGUAGAGAAGGCCUGUCGCUCCUAUAGCCACGUGGUGCUCAAGGAGGUGCGCUUCUUCAAUCUGCAAGUGCUCUACCCACUGCUGAAAGACCCUUCCCUCAAUCUGCACAUCGUGCACCUGGUGCGGGACCCCCGGGCAGUGUUCCGUUCUCGAGAACACACCACAGAGGAACUCAUGACUGACAGCCGCAUUGUGAUGGGGCAGCAGGGGGAGAAACUCAAGAAGGAGGACCAGCCCUACUAUGUGAUGCAGGUCAUCUGCCAAAGCCAGAUGGAGAUCUACAAGGCUGUGCAGUCCUUGCCCACAGCUCUGAGGCAACGCUACUUGCUCAUACGCUAUGAGGACCUGGUCCGGGACCCCCUUGGCCACACUGACCAAAUGUAUAAAUUUGUGGGGUUGAAAUUCUUGCCCCAGCUCCAGACCUGGGUGUACAAUAGCACUCGAGGCAAGGGCAUGGGUAAUCAUGCCUUCCACACUAAUGCCAGGAAUGCCCUCAACGUCUCUCAGGCCUGGCGCUGGACCUUGCCUUAUGCAAAGGUUUCUCGACUUCAAAAAGUCUGCAAUGAUACCAUGACUUUGCUGGGCUACCACCUUGUCAGAUCUGAGCAAGAGCAGAGAAACCUGUCACUGGAUCUUCUGUCUACCUAGACCCCCUCCAAGUAAGUCUGCCAAGAGGGUUGAGGAGACUCUGUCCCCACUUGGCACCAGCCUCAGCCACAUUAACUGAAGUCUUCUGAGCCUUAAUUACAUUUCUAUCAGUGUACAUGUGAGCAUGGGUUGUGUCCACACAUGUUCAAGCUAGGAGAUCUCUGUCUCUACUCAUGCCAAGAAGAGAUUCAGGAACCUAUAUGAGCAGCACAUUACACUGCUGAAAAAGAAGUAUCACCUUUCUUCUCUUCUUGGCCCUCCUAUCUGUGUAUACCUCAAAGACUUUGGGGCCUGGGGCCCUAUUUGACACCACACAGUAUCAGUGGAGUAAAU